UCUCUUGGCCAGGCUCCAGAAGAGGCUGCAUGGUCACUCCGCGGUCGCUAGGCGGCGUCUUCCCCACCCUGGCUGCGGUGGGUGGGGAGUAGAAGGCGAGCGGAGGGGGGACGAAGGAGGGAGGGAGCCGCCCCCUCCCCCGCCUCCGCCCCCGCCCCCUCACACUGCGCAGCGGAAACAUGGCGGCGGGAAGGGAGCGAGUGUGAGCCGCCUCAGCCGCUGCCGCCGCCUCAGCCGCUGCCUCCCUCCGCCUCAGCCGCCUCAGAUGAGAAAACUGAGAUUCACAGAAAUUAAGUGAUUUGUCCAGGGUCACCCAAUGAUUUCUUCAUCUUGCUAAGGAGAAAUAAUCUCUUAUUUAGUAUAACUGGUGGUAUCAUGCAGAAAGCCAGCCCUCAAAAAGAUGAGAAUGCUGAGGCACUGUGAGUGAAGGACUUGCCUGGGGAAAUGAAUUAAAGAAUUCCUUUCUUCGUGGUGCUGUUACCCUUGGACUGCACCUUGGCUUUGUUUCUAUAAAGCCAUGACAUCAUCUCCAUCAGGAGUAUGACUUUUCAAGCAAUAGACUGGAAAGAUGGUAGAAAGCACAAAUAUGGCCGCCCAUCAGAGCCCACAUCUCAGUUCCAAGAAGCUGCUGAUAAUCUAGAACUAGGUCAUUUCACCUGGGACAAAUACCUAAAAGAAACAUGUUCCAUCCCAGCACCUGCCCAUUGCUUCAAGCAGUCCUACACUCCCCCAAGCAACGAGUUCAAGAUAGGUAUGAAGUUGGAAGCUCAGGACCCAAGGAACACCACUUCCACCUGCAUUGCAACAGUGGUUGGACUGACUGGUGCUCGACUCCGACUACGCCUGGAUGGCAGUGAUAAUAAGAAUGACUUCUGGAGGCUAGUUGACUCGGCUGAAAUCCAGCCCAUUGGUAACUGUGAGAAAAAUGGAGGAAUGCUUCAGCCUCCUUUAGGAUUCCGACUGAAUGCCUCCUCUUGGCCUAUGUUUCUCUUGAAGACGCUAAAUGGAGCAGAGAUGGCUCCUGUCCGGAUUUUCCAUAAGGAACCACCAUCUCCCUCUCACAACUUCUUUAAGUUGGGAAUGAAACUUGAAGCUGUGGAUAGGAAGAACCCCCAUUUCAUCUGUCCAGCCACCAUUGGGGAAGUCCGAGGCUCUGAGGUCCUCGUCACAUUUGAUGGGUGGCGAGGUGCCUUUGACUACUGGUGUCGCUAUGACUCUAGGGACAUCUUUCCUGUGGGCUGGUGCUCUCUGACGGGAGACAACCUACAGCCCCCUGGCACAAAAGUUGUGAUUCCAAAGAACCCUUUUCCCACCUCUGACGCGAGUGCUGAGAAACCCAGCAUGCACAGUGGCACCAAAGCUGUCUUGGGGCAUCAGCCAGGGCAAAGGGGCCGCAAACCAGGCAAGAAGCGAGGCCGAACACCUAAGACUUUGAUUCAUCACCCCAUCUCCACCCCAUCCAAGUCAGUGGAACCUUUGAAAUUCCCAAAGAAGAGGGGACCUAAGCCUGGCAGUAAGCGAAAACCACGGACUUUGUUAAACCCAGCACCCACCUCGCCGACCACCAGUACCCCUGAACCAGACACCAGCACUGUGCCCCAGGAUGCUGCCACCAUACCCAGCUCAGCCAUGCAGGCCCCCACAGUUUGCAUCUACUUGAACAAGAAUGGCAGCACUGGCCCCCACUUGGACAAAAAGAAGGUCCAGCAGUUGCCUGACCACUUUGGACCAGCACGGGCGUCAGUGGUCCUGCAGCAGGCAGUACAGGCCUGUAUUGACUGUGCUUACCACCAGAAGACUGUCUUCAGCUUCCUCAAGCAAGGCCAUGGCGGGGAAGUCAUCUCAGCUGUGUUUGACCGGGAGCAGCAUACCCUCAACCUGCCAGCGGUCAACAGCAUUACCUUCGUCCUUCGCUUCCUGGAGAAGCUGUGCCGAAACCUCCGGAGUAGCAACCUGUUCGGCAACCAGCCCUUCACGCAGAAUCACAUGCAGCUGCCCACCACUGAGUACGACCACGACAGGUACCUACCAGGUUCUGAUCGAUAUUUGGGAUCCCGAGACCCAUCACGCUUGAGCAGCCGGGACCCCUCCUCUUGGACGGUAGAAGAUGUGAUGAAGUUCGUCAGAGAAGCUGAUCCUCAGCUGGGACCCCAUGCUGACCUCUUUCGAAAACAUGAGAUCGAUGGAAAGGCCCUGCUCCUCCUCCGCAGCGACAUGAUGAUGAAGUACAUGGGUCUAAAGCUGGGCCCAGCGCUGAAGCUCACCUACCACAUUGACAGACUAAAGCAAGGGAAGUUCUGAGGAACCCCUGGAGAAGGAUAUCUUUCCCAUCUGCCUAGCCCCAGAGGCCCAGCUCACACCUGCUUGAGGCCCCCAUGGCUCAGUGCAGCCCAGCACAAUGCAGCAUCAUUCUGAGGGCCUCCAAGUCAAGCAGGCACCCCUCCCUGCCCCUUGUAUGCACGCACGCACGCACGCACACCUCCGGACCCCUGUCCAGCACCCAGCAGGUUCCUGGAAAAACAAGCUCUGCCCCUGGCCCUGAAUAGGGCUGUCCAACCACAAAGGUGAAUUUAAUGGUUUUGUUCAUGGGCAGCCCCCUGGGAAGUUUGCAGAGCUAUCGCAUUUCUGUGCUGAUGGAAGACUCCAGACAGGAACGCAUUGGAUAGCUGGUUUGGCCACCUGGAUCCUUUAUUGCCUGAUCGGAAAUGCCUGGCUUCUUUCCUCCAAGCUGGCUUUCUUCUUGUGCUACUCCUGCGCUGGUUGUCUUGGCAGAGGGCUAUGAGACUCCAGGAGGCUGUUUAAGGAGCAGUCUCCUUCCUUUUUCUUCCUUCCCCUCCCCACAUUGACCAGUCUAUUCCCCUGCCCUCUCCCUUUCCUCACUGAGGCUGGUCACUCUGAAAUGUGUGCUUUUCCCUCCAAUGACAUGCCCUUCCAUGAAGGGCCAAGGAGAGGAGAAGGAACUGUCCAUUCAUCUGCUAUACCCAUUCCUCUGGAGGGACAGGGGAGUUUGCCACCUUCUCAUCUGGGAUUGGUACUGCUCUUCCUCCUUCCCCAACUCUGCUGGCCCCCAACCCUUCCCUACAGGGAGAAGGUACCUGGAGCUAGUGAAACAACAUUUGAUUCAGAGGCCCACAUCCCUUUGUAUUUAUUCCAGGUAGUGUGGCCUUGCAUGGAGGGAAUGGACUGAGCCCCUGACCAAGGAGCUGAGACCAGGCACUUACAUAUUGUGGGCACUGCUUAAAGAACAAGAGUACUAGGCUUUGUGGUGGUGCUAGCCAGCUCCACUGCCAGUAGCCCUACCCUGAGAGGUGCAGACUUUGGGAAUUUUCUAUCAAGUUAGCAGCGUGGCCCUACCCUACAUCAUCCCAUGGGGCCUCCCCAGUGCACCACAACCCUUCCCCCUGCUACAUACUCCCUACUAAUGGUGCAAAUGUUUUCUUUUUGUAAGUCUUUUCUAUUGUUAUUUAUUUUUUUCCAGCACCUGUGCAGUGAUCCACAGCUCUCAUCCAUUCCAACCUAGAGGCUAGGAAGUGGGCAGGAGGAGGAAUAAGACUUAAAACUACCAAUAAUCUUCACCUUCCCCUCCCCCCCCUUUUCUCUCUCCCAGCCCUGAAAGGUCUUAGGCCUUUUCCAGAGGACUUCAGAAGGUUAAACAUUUUUCUUCUGGAGAGACUGGAAAGCCAGCCACAGUCCCCAGAGGCCCCUGUAGAAGAGGUUCAAGGGCAAUCCUAGGAUGUAACUCCCUAGUCAAUAAAGAGGACCAUUCACUUUUC